CCCGCCCCACCGAGCAGCGCCUGGGACCCGCCACCAGCAGCAUGUUCCCGCGCUGCCUGGGCCGCCUGGCCGGGCCUCUGCAGAGAUGCUGGCGGCUGGACACGCCCGGCCUGCGGGCCCAGCACAGCCGUGCGGCUGCGGCUGCAGCUGGGGAGGUGCCUGGCUGGACCGGGCAGGAGAGCCUGGCGGAGAGCGACCCUGAGAUGUGGGAGCUGGUGCAGAAGGAGAAGGAUCGGCAGUGCCGGGGUCUGGAGCUCAUUGCCUCCGAGAAUUUCUGCAGCCGCGCCGCACUGGAGGCUCUGGGCUCCUGCCUGAACAACAAGUACUCAGAGGGCUACCCCGGCAAGAGGUACUACGGGGGGUCCGAGGUGGUGGACCAGAUCGAGCUGCUGUGCCAGCAGCGGGCACUGGAGGCCUUCGACCUGGACCCCGCCCGCUGGGGGGUGAACGUCCAGCCCUACUCGGGGUCACCCGCCAACUUCGCCGCCUACACGGCCCUGCUGCAGCCCCACGAGCGCAUCAUGGGCCUGGACCUGCCCGACGGUGGCCACCUGACCCACGGGUACAUGUCGGACGUCAAGCGCAUCUCGGCCACCUCCAUCUUCUUCGAGUCUAUGCCCUAUAAACUCAACCCGGCUACGGGGCUGAUCGACUAUGAGCAGCUGGAGGUGACGGCCCGGCUCUUCCGCCCCCGCCUCAUCAUCGCGGGCACCAGCGCCUAUGCCCGCCUCAUCGACUACGCCCGCAUGAAGAAGGUGUGCGAGGAGGUGCGGGCCUACCUGCUGGCAGACAUGGCGCACAUCAGCGGGCUGGUGGCUGCCAAGGUGGUGCCCUCGCCCUUCGAGCACGCCGACCUGGUGACCAGCACCACGCACAAGACCCUGCGCGGGGCCCGGCCGAUCCCGCCCGCUUCCGGAUGCACCUGCCAGCAGGUGCUGAAGAACGCGGGCCAUGGCGGAGCCUGCCAGAGGGUUACAUCCCUGGUGUCAGGCGGCACCGAUAACCACCUGGUGCUGGUGGACCUGCGGCCGAAGGGUAUCGACGGGGCCCGGGCCGAGCGGGUGCUGGAGCUGGUGUCCAUCACGGCCAACAAGAACACCUGCCCCGGGGACAAGAGCGCCCUGACGCCGGGGGGCCUGCGGCUGGGAGCCCCGGCCCUGACGUCCCGCCGGUUCCGGGAGGCCAACUUCCAGAAGGUCGUGGCCUUCAUCGAUGAGGGGAUCAGCAUCGGCCUGGAGGUCAAGAGCAAAACCACCAAGCUGCAAGACUUCAAAUCCUUCCUGCUGAGUGACGCGGCGACGAAGAGCCGCCUGGCCGACCUGCGCCAACGCGUGGAGACCUUUGCCCGCUCCUUCCCCAUGCCCGGCUUCCAGGAUCACUGAGCAGCGGGGGCUGGCCCUGCCCUGAUCCCCACCCCCACUCUGGGCACAGAGACUGACCCUAACCCCAGGAGGGGGCGGUGCUGGGACCCCGGGCAUCCCACCGCGUGGCACGGCCCCUUCGUAUCCCGCUCUGCCCUGCAGCCUGCAGCUCCCCCAGGGCUCCCCUGCCCCUGCUCAGGCUGAUCUGUUUCUUGUUGUAGGUUCUCCUGCUGGAACGUCCCCCAGCUCCGUGCCAGCUCCCACCCCUCCUUGCCAGUCACAAGGCAGCCCUGUGCACCCCCCACCCCACCAUGCCAGCAGGGGCGGGAGGGGAAAUUGCCCCCAAGGGCCUAGUUCUUGGUCCCAGCCCCAUCCUGUUAAGGAUGCUCCAGCUCCUUUGCACCCAGGCAGGGUGGGUCAAAUGGGGCAGCACGAGGGCGGGGUGGGGGGUCCCCCCUUGUCAGGGCACUGCUGGUUUUCACUGAGCGAAGAAACCUGGAACGUCGGAAAGUUG